UGCGCUUAAAUCUGUCUCUGCGUGGAUACAAGUUACAAGACAGAAAAUCAACGUGUCUCAAUCCAGGAACUGAAAAUGGGAAUCUCUGGACUACUGCAGUUCAUCAAAGAUGCUGCAGAGCCCAUUAACAUUAAAAAAUACAAAGGCCAGACUGUUGCUGUGGACACAUACUGUUGGCUGCAUAAAGGAGCAUUUUCAUGUGCUGAGAAGCUCGCUAAAGGAGAACCAACUGAUCAGUAUGUGUGGUACUGCAUGAAAUUUGUGAACAUGCUGCUGACAUUCAAUAUCAAACCAAUAUUGGUGUUUGAUGGACGCAAUCUGCCUUCAAAACAAGAAGUGGAAAAGGCUCGCAGAGAGCGCAGAGAAAGCAACCUUCAGAAAGGCCGACAGCUACUACGUGAAGGCAAACUGUCCGAAGCAAGAGACUGCUUUACCCGCUGUGUUAACAUUACGCCAGCCAUGGCGCAUAACCUUAUUAAGGCUGCAAGAGCACAAGGAGUGGACUGUGUUGUGGCUCCGUAUGAAGCUGAUGCUCAGUUAGCUUUCCUCACUAAAUCUGGCUUGGCUGAGGCUGUCAUCACAGAAGACUCUGACCUCCUUGCAUUUGGCUGCAAAAAGGUGAUUCUCAAAAUGGACAAGCAGGGCAACGGCCUGGAGAUAGACCAAAGCAACAUGGGCCGUUGUCGCUCUUUGGGGAACGUUUUCACAGAGGAGAAGUUUCGCUACAUGUGCAUCCUCUCUGGAUGCGAUUAUCUGGCCUCCCUACAUGGCAUUGGCCUGGGAAAGGCUUGCAAGCUACUGCGAUUGGCCAAAGACCCUGAUAUCCUCAAGGUGAUCAGAAAGAUGGGCCAGUAUCUAAAGAUGGAUCUAGUCGUCCCUGAACAGUACAUCGAGGGAUUCAUCAGAGCCAAUAACACUUUCCUCUACCAGCUUGUGUUUGAUCCUGUCAAGAGGAGGGUUGUACCCCUGAACGCUUACCCAGAGCACAUGGACCCAGCAACCCUCAGCUACGCUGGAACAAAUGUAGGAGAUGACAAAGGCUUGCAGAUGGCCUUAGGAAAUCUUGAUAUCAACACCAUGAAGAAGAUAGACGACUUCAGCCCAGACAAACCCAUUUCCCAGCGUUCCAAAUCCCACAGUUGGGACCGCUCACCAGCCGCCACUAGGCCCAGUGUCUGGAGUGGAGGCUUAAAGCCAGCAUCUGUUGCCCCGCCUCAGUCUGCUGCCUGUCCAGACAGGCCUCCCUCCACCAGGGGGAAGGAGAGAACCAUCAGCCUGGCUGGGCUUAGGCUGCCUUGCAGAGGGCUGCAGGUGAAGAGACCACGAGAAGACGAUGGUGCAUCAGACCAGGACAUGCUGCAGCAGUACUCAUCCUCCUCUCAGAAGCGAUCCGCAUCAGACCAGCAUUCAGACAAGCCAAUAUUAAGCAGUGAGAGCCGGCCACGUAACCCCUUCGCCACCCUGCUACAAAAGAGAAACCAGGAAACUGAGGAGGACAGCCAGGCCACAUGCAGCAGAUUCUUCAGCAGUUCCAUUUCAGCAGCCAGUCUAAGCAACGAAGAGUCUGCUCAGCAGGAUUUGGAGCCCAGAGCUGUGAGUUCCACUCUGGACAAUUCUCCCAACACCGAGAAUAAUGACUGCAAUGCUCCUGAUAUUCCAUCCGUGGACACCCCGAGCCCGCCUCCAUCACCCAGCAUUACGUCUCCCAGAUCAGCCAGUCAGGGUCUCAGGCUCUUUCACUGGUCGGACAGCUCCUCCUUGACUGAACAACCAAGAACGCCCAAGUCCACUUCAGGCCUGGCCGCCCUGCAACAGUUUCAGUAUAAGAAGGGGAGUUUGACCUCACCCCCAAAGACCCAGAGACCCCCUGGAGCCACGUCAUCCCCUCGUCAGUCCUCCACUGAUGGAAGCCCAGAGGAAAAGGUUGACCUCCCAUGUUCCCCUCCUUCCCAGGACAGUGCCUACUUCUCCCAGUCCCAGCCUGAUCAUACUUCUUGCCACAAAGAGGAAGUCCUCAACGACAACUUCCCCUCCUCCUACCAGGAGGAUGCUGCAUUUGAAAUGAAUUCAGGCAAAGAUUCUGAGCUUGAGCAGAGUCCCACACACUCAACAGAAGCAGAUAAGAAGCCCGGCAUGCUGAGAUCAAAGGUUUCAGGUCUGUUAAAGCCAAAGUCCAGUCACCAUGGUCAAGCAGCAAAGGUGCAAACAUUGGGCCGCGCUAGGGCCAGUGGACUGAGCAAAAAGUCUGCAGGUUCUGGGAAGAAAGCUUCAUUCUCUAAUAAUGAGAACAACCCUGGUGUCCAGGCCACUAUCAGCACCCUCUGGAAGAACUUCAGCUUCAAAAAAGAUAACCAGAAGAUGACUGCCUAUAAAAAAGAAGAGCCCAUGUCUGCUGUCAGAGACAACCUGCAGGCAGGCUCACCUCAGACGGACAUGAACUUAAUCACCAGCUUCUGAAAGAUGCUUUGAAUGUUUCACACAUUGCUUAGAACUCUGUGUGGGACUGAGGCUUUUAAACAUACCAUGUAUGUUAAUGAUUUGUCAUUAACCUGUUUUUAUUAAUGUAUAGUUUCAAAUAAAUCAACUGAUUUGA